AUGCUUUCGGACCAGAGUGAUCAGGAUGCUCACAUUGCAGAACUUCCAACCGACCCUAACAGACGGCGACGAACGAAUGCCUGCGAUAUGUGCAGGAAGAGCAAGACCCGAUGUGAUGGAAAACAACCCGGGAUAGACAGAUGCUCGCGUUGCUCUGCUCGAAACUGGUCAUGCGAGUAUACUGGAGCCAGCUACAGAGCGAGGGGAAGAUACUCCGGAUACAUCGAGGCCCUUGAGGCGAAGGUUCAGAGGCUUGAAUGCCUCAUCAAACGGCUGCUUCCCGGCCAAGAUUUCACUCAAGAAGUUGGCUUCACAUUGACCCGCGACAAUUGGAUGCAACCCGGUGUAUGUGGAGCGUACCCGCCAGACGACUCUAUGUCACAAGCAUCCGCGGAUACCGGCGUCAUGCCUGCACCGGCAACCGCGACACCGGAUUCUCUCUCUAUCCUCGGUCCCGGACAAGCGCCGUCUUUAAGGCCAGUAGCGGAUGAGGGUCACCUGUCCGAUGAAGAGGACAGUCUCACAACAAAACUUCAGCAGCUUCCCGCCAUCACGUCCGCCAAACCUCAAGAUAUGUCGAGCUAUCUUGGCAGGUCAUCGGCUGCCGGUCUCCUCAAGACGGCGAUUGUAUUGUGCUCUCGACUAUCGGCCCCACACGCCCAUACCGGGCCCUUCUUUGGGAUAGCCCGCAAGCGACCUGAGUGGCUUGAAGAUCUUGCUCGCGAGGAGACGCAGGUAUCUUACACUUUCCCCGACCCCGACCUGUUGGACGACUUCAUCAACCUGUACUUCUUGCACGUUCACACAUUUGCACCAGUCCUUCACCGUCCUACGUUCGAACGCGACAGAAGAUCGGAGCUCCAUCUUCGAGAUCGUACGUUCGGUGGUGUCGUCUUACUGAUUUGCGCUCUUGCGGAACGGUUCUCGCAAGAUAGCCGUGUUCUGGCGGAGGGCGAGCAAAAAAGGCAAUCUUUUGGGUGGAAAUGGUUCUCCCAAGUCCGUCUGUACGACGCCACGCGCAUGAGACCAAACUCGCAUCUUCAUGGACUACAGCUUAUAUCCCUCGGUGUCAUGUACGGUCUCAGCAUCACUCACUUCCACGCCUGGAUCCAUGCCGGGUUGGGCAUUCGCCUCGCUUUGGACAUCGGCGCUCACAAGCGCCGCGCGUACGGCGCCACUCCGACUGUCGAAGAUGAGCUAUACAAGCGGAACUUUUGGAUGCUGGUACAUCUAGAUCGUGUCCUGAGUAGUACGAUGGGCCGUCCGUGCUGCAUACAAGAAGAGGACUUCGACUUGGAUCUCCCGCUCUGCUGCGAUGACGAGUACAUCACGCAUGUAGAUCCUGAACGAGUAGCGCAGCAACCAGACGGCAGGCCAUCCUACACGAGUCACUUCAUCUGGACUCUCAAGUUGUCUCAGAUAUACGGCCUGACACUGCGCACACUCUACGCAAGUACAAAGGCUCGAGCACACUACAACUUCGCAGGCGAGGACUGGACGACGAGGACGACAGCGCAUCUCGACUCUCUGCUCAACGACUGGGCCGAAUCGAUUCCCGUACAUCUGCGCUGGGAUCCGAAACGCAGUGACGAUCUAUUCUUCUGCCAGUCCGCGCAUCUACACCUGCAUUACUAUAUGCUUCGCAUCAUGGUUCAUCGCCAAUCGCUCGCCAAUCCAGAACCCACGCCCACUUCCUCUGUGGCCCUCACGAUCUGCAUGAAUGCUGCGCGAUCGAUGGUACAUGUGUUGAACGCACUCGCCGCUCGGGCACCGAGUCGCAUAGGCCUCGUACGCUUGGAUGCUGCGAUUGCUGCGCUAGUGAUGCUUGUGGGAACUGGCAUGGCGCGACUGAACAAGCUGCCAGACUUCAAUCAGAAGCAGGCUAUGGCGGAUAUCGACAUGAUGAUCGGCGUCCUGCGCUUGCAAGAGGACCGCUGGCGUUGUUCUGGGAACUAUGCAGAUGCGCUCACCGCCUUCAAGAGCUUGAGCGACGAUACCAGUUUAGGCCCCCAACUUACGAGAAAGCCAAAGCGUCGGUAUGAAGACGAUGGAAUUCCCGUUCAGACUCAGCAGCGAUCCGCGCCUCGCGCAAUGCCUCACGCUUUGGGGGUCAUACAAGAUCGUGAUCAGUGGCGAGAGGGUCUCAAUUCGCCCUCCAUCUUCACCGCUUCCAAUGACGAAGCUUUCGGUGCGGGGGACCCGUUACCAGACGCUACGAUGUCAAGUUCGGACACUUCUGGCGCCUUCUUCGGAAACAUUAACCUUGGUGCUCUUUUUGGAUUCGAUCACACGAGUUUUGAGGAUGCGUCAAUGCAUAUACCAAAUGACCUCGAUGGGAACAUGGGCGUUCCGAAUGGUGGGUCUUCCCUGAAUACGGAGGGUUUGGAUGCAUCUGGUCCUGUCGAUUGGAUGGGCAUGUCUUUUGACUUCGGAUUAGGGGAUUGGCAAUGGCCAGUGCCUGCGGCGCCGGAGUAG